AUGGCUACUGUAAAGGAUUCGGGCUUGGAAGCCCUUGAGAAGCUUAAGUCAACUGAACCUCCGGUGUUUCUAGCGCCAAGUUCGAUAUCUGAGGAGGCUCGCGCUGCAUUGCAGUAUCUAUUCACCAAGUUGAAGCCUUACAACCCCAAAUCUCCUUUUGACCAGCUCUUGGUUGAUGGGUUUGACGCCGAGCAGAUUUGGCAGCAAAUUGAUAUGCAGUCUCAACCUGUGUUGUCUAGCUUACGGCAGGAAGUUAAGCGAUUUGCUUCAAACCCUGAAGAGAUUCGUAAACUUAGGAAAUUGGCCCUCAAGGUUUCUCAUGAGGAUGAUGACGACGAAAUGGAUAUGGAUGAAUUUGACUCUGAUGAUGAUGAGGGUGAAGAUCAAGAGCUAGAAGAAGCUAAUGAAAUCGAAGGAGAAGAGGAGGAUGAAGAUGACGACGGAGAAGAGGAAGAAGAUGAAGCGGAAGAGGAGGAAUAUGAGGGAAUUGAGGACAAGUUCCUCAAGAUAAAGGAAAUGAAGGCAUUUGUAGAGGAGGGUGAAGCAGAAGAGUAUGGGACAGAUUACAAAAAUAAGAAGGGAGUGUUAAAGGGAAAGAAACAAAAUUUGAGCGAUGAUGAUGAUGAUGAUGAAGAUGACGAAGAGGAUGAUGAUGAUGAAGAGUUUGGUGCUUUUGCUGGUGCUGACGACGAAGAGGCUGAAAAAUUGGGAAAGGCAAGGUAUGAAGAUUUCUUUGGCGGUAAAAGUAAGGAGACGAAAAUGAAGUUAAAAGAUGUAAUUGAAGAUGAGGAAGCUGGAAGUGGAGACCAAGGACCUGAAAAACUAUCUAAUCAUGAGAAAGAGCUACUAAAGCUUAAAUCGAAGAUUGAACUGAUGGAGAAAGCAAACAUGGAUCCAAAACACUGGACAAUGCAGGGAGAGGUCACUGCUAUGAAGAGGCCGAAGAACAGUGCUCUAGAAGUUGAUUUGGAUUUUGAGCACAAUAAGAAGCCUACUCCUGUAAUCACGGAAGAAUUCACAGCCUCAAUUGAAGAGUUGAUCAAGAGCAGAAUCAUUGAGGCUCGUUUUGAUGAUGUCCAACGAGCACCUAGUGUGCCCACUAAAUCAAAAAGAGAAGUCAAGGAACUGGACGAUGGUAAAAGCAAGAAAGGUCUUGCCGAAGUUUACGAGGAAGAAUACGUUCAGAAGGCUAAUCCCGGUUUUGCUCCAGCAACUUUCUCCGAUGAACUAAAGAAAGAGGCAAGCAUGCUAUUCAAGAAACUAUGCCUGAAGUUGGAUUCUCUGUCCCACUUCCACUUCACACCUAAACCAGUAAUAGAAGAAUUGUCUAUACAGACAAACGUCCCAGCCAUAGCAAUGGAAGAGGUUGCGCCUGUGGCAGUCUCAGAUGCAGCAAUGCUUGCCCCAGAGGAAAUCUUUACUGGGAAAGGCAAUAUUAAGGAUGAGUCUGAGCUUACACAGGAAGAUAGAAAGAGAAGGAGAGCUACGAAGAAGAGAAAGUUUAAAGCUGCAUCUGCAAAUCAGCCUGUGAAAAAGGCGCGGGAUACAACCACCGACAAGUCCUAA